CCGUCUCGCUUCCUUCAAACGUCCGAUGAGUGAGCUUCCUUCACUGCACCACACUUGCCUGCAAUGCACAGGCUGCUUAGUCAUUGUAUCCGUCCAUUCAAUAGGCGCCAGCGUAUGACAUUCCGUGGGCCACUUCCAUUUCAGCUGCCCCGAACCCUCCCGUUCAUUUCUUCCUCCAGCAAAACUUUCAGUCCGCGACACCACGGCGAAUCAAUCAGUUGGCCAUCACAACUGCAUCAGCCGGCUUUCUAUUCAUCGAUUCUGCUCUUUUCCCAGCGUCGCCGCGUCGCUCACCAUUUGCGACAGGCUUGCUGCGAUCCUUUACCAUUCCAUCAGCGCACCGAACGACAACCGCCGAUCUGAGCCGAACGUGACCUGCGACGACGCUUCACGAUACCACAGCGAAAACCGACACAUUAUCAAUCCAUCUAACGCGUGACGGCGUCCCAUCAUUCUGCCAUCAUUCGAAUAUCACCAGUCCGCCCUCAUUUUGCUUUUGCUUCGCAUACUGACAAGUUUCGAAACUCGAUAUUUUCUGGCUGUUGGCUCGCUGGGCUGGCCUGGAAGGUGAUCUGAGUCUCUGGCUGUGGCGCAAUUGAUUUGAUAUCUGGGACGGGAUACAAGUGCGAGUCUUCCAACAGUACCAUCCAUCCCCUUUGAACGGGUUGUUGCAGUCUCGCUGGGUCUUUGUACUUUCCUUCUCUUCAUCUGUCACUUUGUGUCUCUUCCUACGAGUACAUUCAGAAUUGACUCAGUCUAACUUCUGCAAAUCCAAGAGCAAGAAAAACAGGGGAACAAGGAAACGAGCCUAAUAUUUUUGUUGAAAGGGGAGAAAUUCGCUACCAGCUGAGACAUUGCAGAAAUCAUUCUACAAGCCCCAGCCCCCAACUCGUAUCAUACGUCAACAUCGUUUAGGAGAGUCUUCUAAUAGUACAGUGUUUGCCUUGGGCGCGGCGUCACUUCUGGAUCCUGCUUGGCAUCCCAGUUGCGCAACCUAUGACCAUUGCCUCUACAGUCAACAUCGCAUCAAGCUGAACCCAUCAUGGAGUCCUCAGUCUUCUUCAAGUUCAAGUCUAACAAAGAGCCCACCCGUGUGGAGUUCGACGGAACUGGCAUAUCCGUCUUCGAACUGAAACGUGAAAUCAUCCUGAAAAGUGCGCUCGGCGAUGGCACUGAUUUCGACCUCAUUAUCGCUGCCGACGAGGGCAUGAAGGAAGUUUACGAUGAUGAUACAACCAUUAUUCCACGAUCAACCACGGUCAUUGCUCGCCGCAUGCCCGCCAAGGUACAGGGUAGGGGAGGAGCUGCUCGCUAUGUCUCGGGCAAAAUGCCCGUACACGCUAAGAACUCAUCGCGCAAAGAACAGCCCAUCGUCAAGGCCUUGGCUAAGCCAGUCGCCAAUCCAGUCGUGCAGCUUAACAGUGCCAUGACUGAGGAAGAGAAGAUGGCAGCUGUCUUCCAAGCUCAGACCGAGAAUUUCACCGCGAGGGAGGAGGAAAUGGCUACGCAGCAAUAUGUUGCUAAGUCUGGCCCCAAGAAACCGGCCAACGUCCCUGACCAUGACCCUCCGCAGGGAUACAUUUGCUACAGGUGUGGCGAGAAGGGUCACUGGAUCCAACUGUGCCCAACUAACGACAACCCCGACUAUGACAACCGGCCCCGCGUGAAGCGGACUACCGGCAUUCCCAAAUCCUUCCUCAAGACAGUAGACAAAGCAACGGCCCUAGGCCAGACUGGGGACGGUGACGAAACCAAGACCCCGUCUGGCAUCAUGGUCAAUGCCGACGGAGAGUUCGUCAUUGCCGAGCCUGACAAGGCUUCAUGGGAACAGUUUCAGGCUAAGGCCAAGUCGAAUUCUGCAGCCCAAAAGGCUACUCCUGAGGGAGAUAAGGAGAUUCAGGAGCGUGGGCUGGAGUGCCCCAUCGACCACAAGUUGUUCAUAGACCCAAUGAAGACACCGUGUUGUGAGAAGACGUAUUGCAAUGAUUGCAUUACCAACGCCCUCAUUGAGAGCGACUUCAUUUGCCCUGGUUGCAAGUCCGAUGGCAUACUUAUCGAUGACUUGAAGGCGGAUGAGGAGGCAGUUGACAAGAUCAAGGCUUUCCUUGCAGAAAAGAAUAGUAAGGCGAAAGAAGGGUCUCAAAGUCCUGGCAGUCCCAACAGCCCGACAGCCGCAAAGUCUCCGACAUCUACCGACGCCCCUGCCGUCCAAACUACUACUGAGGAAACCAAGCCAAAAUGCAAAUCCCCGACUCCGACAGAUACUGCACCAUCUGCAUCGCAGCAAGCCUCGCAGCAACAGACAUCACAAGCGUCAAGUGCAGCAUCGAUGCAAUCCGGCUCCACCGGCCAGACAACGCCACCAACACAGGCUAACCGGGAAGAGCGAAGUCAGCAAGUUUCGAAGAAGCGCCCUGCGGAACAUGCCCUGGAGAACCCCAAGAUCCCAAAGGCGCCCAAGGCCAUGCAGCAGAAGACCCAACAAACCCAGCAGCAAGCCAUGAUGGAACAAAUGAUGGGCGGAAUGCCCGGUAUGCCUGGCAUGAAUGGCAUGAAUGCUAUGAACUGCAUGCCGCAAAUGUUCCCGGCCAUGCCCAUGAUGGGUAACUUUGGAGGUAUGGGAAUGCCCAACAUGAACAUGGGUAUGAUGAACCACAUGAUGAAUCCGAUGUUGGCCGGUGGGAUGGGACCUGGCUUCCCACCCAUGAACGGCGGGAUGGGACCAGGUGGUUUCCCCGGUGGCCCCGGCGGAAUGCCCAAUGGCAACAAUCCCGGAAUGUGGAACAAUGGCGGCAUGGGCAUGAAUGGCCACGGCGGCGUUCCGAACGGUCCUAACAUGGGUGGCACCAUGCGAGCAGGCGGUGGCAGAAUGAACGUCAUGAAUCAAGCAGCCGGCAUGGGCAUGCAUAAUGGUGGCGGCUAUCAAGGCCAGCAGCACCAAUUCAAGAAUUUUUCUCAUCAGCCCGCCGACGAUGACGAUGCCUACUUCAGGAAACCCGUCAACCCGCACCGUCACCAGAACCGCCAAAGGCGGGUCCGGCCGAGUGAUUACCGGGAGCUGUAAGGGAUGCCAUAGGUAUGGCUCUAAAGCAGAAACAAGACAAGCAGCAAAGAAAACAAAAACACCCGGCAUGAUAGUCAUCAGCACAGUCCCCGGCUUCGAAUUUCACUCACACCACAACACAAUACCCUAUACGUGGUACAUAUUACAACCACCCAAACUGCACGCACAACCACAUGCAUGCCCUUCGAAGAGGGAAACGCGGCAACAUCAAGCAGAAUUACUCAACGAAAAUACCCAGAUGAGGAAGCCACGAGACAUGGAUGGCCGAAGGAACGGCCAGCCAGUAUUUAUUCGCACUCACUUUUUGAUUUCCUGAUUUCCUGAGAGCAUUAGAGGCGUUUUUUUUGUUCUGUUUUUGUUUUUGCUUUUCUGGACUUGAUCUCGAAACUAUCACGGAAGGACUGGAUGGGUGGGUGGGAGGUUGGCUGGCGGGCAGGAUGGUCAUGCAAAGGCACCGUGGGGCGUGAAAGGCGUAUAUAUGUGAUGGAUGGAUGGAUGGAUGGAUAGAAGGAUAUGAUGGCAUGCAAACGAAACAUCUAGGGGAAGGGAAAAUGACGGCAAAUGAUGGACGUUAUGAAAAAAGAGAAGGACGGUUGCCUGGGAAAAGGGACUUGAGCGACAGCUGUUGCUCUCUUUCUUGAUGAUGGUUGGAAUGAUGGUUGGAGGGAUCACGACAGCGGAGGAGAAUGUCAGCAUGAACCGACUCCCGCGCUUCCCUUAUGCUUUCUCUAAAUAGGCAAUGGACGACAUACGGACUUGACCUACCGUAAUUCUUCCGCUUGCUCCGUCAUUUAUAGCUGCCUGGUUUUGCUGCAUGUGUUACUCGGUCUAGAUUGCUUUCGAGGGCUAGGAAUUAUAACAGAAGUAGUUUAUCUUCCUUAUCGAUACUUGCCUC